GGAAGCGGAGCUACGUCAAGCUAACAGAACUUGGAACAGUUAAGACCGGAAGUUGCGUUAUGCUGCCUUCAUUAUAAGACUGAUUUACUUUGAAUUCAGUCUUCUGUGGUGUAACAGAGCAGCGAGGGGAACGGAAAAAAGACAGGCGACAUUUGCAAAUCAGUACGAGAACAUUGUGACUGUAGCAUUACGCCGUACACUACGUUUUCUCUGCGUUUUAUUUCGGAAGCCCCGAGCGGAAGUAGUAUUGUUGCGCUGUGGUGGAGGCUGGUCGAAGUGGGAUGUGUCCAGGGGGUAUUUAUGCUGCUGUUCCUGAAAUGAAAAUAACUGGAUCCCGGUUGCUCCGGGAGAUCUGCUUCUCCACCGGCCACAGCGAUCAAAUCACAGAGGGCUGACCACACGGGUCACGUCGCUAGUCGAAAACACAGAGCACGACCGAGGCUUGUGUGCGUGUUUCACGUGGACUGGACCUUCUGUGUGAGGCUGCUCAACCUGUGCUGGUGGUGGCAGCAUGUGAAUUAAUAGUCACUUCCAUAGUUUGAUUAUACAUUCAAUUCUUCAGUUUUUGGAACAAGAACCCGUUCUUGUCCACCUUUUUUUAUUGUUAUUUUUUACAAAUGUCAGCCACCCAGCAUCAGGUGAUGAUGGAGUCCUCUCUAGCUCUCGGCCUAUUGGACCUGACCUCCAGCUCAGCCGGGGUGGGGGUCAACAUGACCCCGCGGCUCCCCGGCGGACCCCCCGCCAAAGAGAAGAGUGGUCCGGCUCAUCUCAACGGCCCGGCUCAUAUGAACGGCUGCGUCCCCCUGUCACAUCAGGUGGCCGGCCAUAAGUAUGGAGUAGAUAAAGUGGGCAUUUUGCAGCAUCCAGAUGGAACAGUCCUGAAGCAGCUUCAGCCUCCACCAAGAGGUCCACGAGAGAUGCAGUUUUACAGCAUGGUGUAUGCAGAGGACUGCUGUGAUCCGUGUCUCUUGGAGCUCCAGAAACACCUUCCCAAGUACUACGGACCCUGGUCCUCUCCUGACAGCCCCAGUGACCUGUACCUGAAGCUGGAGGAUGUGACUCGUCGCUUCGUCAAUCCGUGCAUCAUGGAUGUGAAGCUGGGCCAGUGCAGCUAUGACCCGUUUGCCUCGCUUGAGAAACGUGAGCAGCAGAUCAGAAAAUACCCACUGAUGGAGGAGAUCGGCUUCCUGGUCCUUGGCAUGAGGGUAUAUAAAGUGUGCAGUGACACUUUUGACUCCUACAAUCAGCACUAUGGAAGAGCACUGGUUAAGGACACGAUUAAAGAAGGUUUGGCUAAAUUCUUCCAUAAUGGUGUUUGUCUGAGAAGGGAUGCAGUGUCAGCCAGCAUCCACAGGGUGCAGCAAAUACUCCACUGGUUUGAGUCCCAGCAUCAGCUGGCCUUCUACGCUAGUUCCCUUCUCUUCGUCUAUGAGGGUCUCCCCUCUUCUUCCUCCUCAUCCUCCUAUUCCGUGCUUCUCAGCACCCCAUCCAUCAGCCCGACCGUGGGGAAAACAGCCAUGUUGUCAUCAGCGGUUGACAGCUGUCAGAGGGGAGAGGGGGAAGCAAGACAGGAAGGGCUGGGGCAGGAAGGGGUAGUGGCCGAGUACAACAACAACAACAUUCAAGUGGUGGUGCCCUGGGACUUCAGCCUAGCCACCAUUUACACCAACCACAUGAAACAUGGCCACCACUGUGCCAAGGGUCAUCUCCAAGCCACCAGUGGAGUCGAUGAAGCUGUGGAGACAUCAGUAAGCUCAGUUUCUGGAGAUAACAACUCUGAAUUGUGUCAGGAAGACAACUCCACAUGGAAACGAACAGGUGAGUCAGAGCAACCACCGAACGGCAACAGAAACAAAUCACAACUGGAAAGAAAGGUUGUCGAAGGAGAUAGGGAGGAGGAGGAGGCAGAGGAGCUAAAAAGACAAGGACACGAGACAACAGAGGAGAGUGGGGGAGACACAGAGGUUGAGGUGAGGAUGAUUGACUUUGCCCAUGUUUUCCCAAGCGAGAGCCACGAUCAUGGCUACAUCUACGGCCUCAAACACCUGCUGACAGUGCUGGAGCAGAUCCUCUGUGAUGCUGCAUAGAGCUCCCACUCCUUCCUACCCCAUUUUAAGCUCCACAACUGCUCGUAGUGAACCUCUGUCUCCUCCCCGUCAACCCUCCACCUGUCUUCUCAAAAGGCGGCGGAGAGGGAAGAAUCAAAGAAGUGAAUAUUAAAACUGAACCAUCGCCAUCGUUGUCAUCAUCAUCAUCUCACCUGAUUGUGAUGGUCCUUUGGUCACGUGCGUGUCUGUGUCUGUACGUGUGCCUGUAUGCAGAGGGGAAGUGGCAUAAGGUGACAGCUGCAUUUCUACAUGCUACAUGCACUAAUCAGUCCAUGAAGGCUUUACAACCCUGUACUUAAACACAACAUCUUUAGCUGCAUGUUUUACUGAUGCCCACACAAGCUCCAUGUAACCUGACUUCAACGUUAGUCCAUUUAGAAUGGAUUUAAAUCGCAAAGUGGAUAACAGUACACAUAUGAAACUAGGGGUAGGGAUUAUAACAGAUAUAAUUGGAAUUAGGCAAGUAACAGGGAUUUCUCUCCACAGUUUAUAUCAUAGCAACUGUCCCUUUAAGGUCUUUGGUGUGCUGCACAGGGUUAUGGCAAUAUGGUUUUACAUGUCUUUUACAGCAAUGUGAAUCAAGUACUUGGAUUUUACUUCUGCUGAGCAGCGGCAACAAGUAGCUUCUGUUAACCUCUGUCGUGAUGUCUCUACUUAGAAUACGAAACCUGCUUUUCUUUUAUUAGCUGAACACCCACAUGUGCUGUGUGACGUAGUGCCCUGAAGCAGUAGGCAUUUAUCACAGAAGAUCACACCCAAGCUGUGUGGUGCAGGAAGUUCAGGGUGCAUAUACCAAGUCAGUAAGCACCAUCACAUGGUUUUUGAACUGUUGUGUUAAGUAAAAUAGUUUCUUUAAAACAUAGGGUGGUUUUUGACAACUAGCAAAUAGCUGAUUUAAUGCAUUCUAAAAAAAAAUCUGGAUCGGAACCACUCCCGACCCUUUGGAUUGGCUUCGUAGUCCUCUGCUCUAAAGCUUUUCUGCAGUGGAAGAAGUUUGUUUGAUUAUAAUGGAAAUUGAUCUGUUGACAUGAGUUUAGUGGCUUUUAUUAUUCCCACAAUAGUAGAUUAACAGCUGUGGGUUAGGCUGAUCCUCAGUCAUAUGCUGAAAACUGAAGUUUCAUUUACAGUUUAUUGAAAUGAGGCAACCAGAAAGUUACUGCACUUUAGUUGAUAACUAUCAGACAGUGAAGCCUUUUAUAUAUAUACAAACUACAUAAACUACAGUAACUGACAUGGCACAGUAAAACUUCACUUUGCUACUACUACCUAACUGGAUUAGGCUCCUUUUGGUUCACAGCUCGCUGCCAAAUCCCUUCAUUGCUAAAUUCAAUCGUCUUCAGGACGUCUUGAGGGUUCGUCCACACAGACUUGAUGUAAGUUUGUGAGCAUUGGGUCAACAUUUAGUCUGCAGAAUGUUGAUGUUUAAGUCAGGUUGUCAUUUUGUGUUUUUGUUGAAACCACUGUCUACAGGUAUCUAACUCAGGUAAAUUUACUGUAAGAAAACUGUUUAAUAUUACUACUUUUGUCCUACAAGAUGAUCCUCAUGCUGUCUGGUUGUUCAACUCUACAUGAUUGUUUUAUAUAGUCUUAUCUCAUGAUUGACCUGAUCUCAUCCUCUUAACCGUACAAUGAACUUACACAGUGUAUUGUCUUUUACCAUGAAUAUUUAAUUGUUGUAUAUGUUCAGCUGCCAAAUCCCCUCUUUUAUCUGAAGCCUGUGCUCGUUGCUGUGGACUAGAACUCUGUCAUGGAUUAGCUAUGAGUUACACUUGGAAGCUCCACCCUUCUCAGUGCUUUAUGGGGUUUGACAGAAGCAACAGGUUAUACUGGGUGACAUAUGCUGUGCUGUGAUUGGUUGACAUUACAUUAAUAAUUAUAACUUCCCUAAGGAUUUUUAAGAUUGUAGAAUAACAGUUUUGAGACGUGCUGCUUUAAUGAGAUUCUACUGACCGAGUCGCUGCUAAAAAGGGAAAGACAGCAACUGAAUGGUUUUAUGUUUUUUGGUGGGGUUUGGAGGGGGGGGGGGGCUCCUUGGCUCAGUGCAGUAGGAUGUCCGAAUACUGGUUCCUAGUAAAGCACGAGUCAACACGAUAACAGGUGGAGCCCACAGCUUCACUGGUUAGAGUCAUAUUUGGUUGAUACACAGAGUGAUGAUCUGUACACUGAUUCUAAUGUUGCCAUACCAGGACUGUUAAGGGUGUCGUGAACUGUAUUAAGACCAGUGCUCUCAAUUGACAAAGUGUAGCUGUGGAUUUCUGGAAGCCGGAGGCCUUUUGUCUUGUCGAGAAAUAACAUAGAUCUUGUGUCUUUCAGCCUCUUGGGCCAUGGCCUUCAUUAACAGAUUGAGUUUCAGUUGUUACAAGCAACGAGAGGAAGCUGAAAGCUCUGGUAAAAACACAUGAAUUAAAACAUUUCUGUGAAUUUUGUUUGAUGGACUUUGAAGCUCAAGUUCUGGUCAGAUGAGCAGAUAUUGCUGAACAGUUUUAUCUUGAGUUUGAUAAGCCAUGGUCACAAUGAGGGAUGCCCUGAGUCGAAUGGAAGCCUUUAAUACAGGCAGUGCGACCCCAGACACCAAGAGGCCAAAGGCAGGUUCACAGUCAGGUUUCAGUCUUUUGAUUAGUUUGUUUUUUGUCAUCCCACAUAAGGGAAUUCAAAAAGGAACAAAUCAUUUUUGUAAUUCCACUAAUCACAACAGAAAUGAGAGUGCAGUUUUCAGUGUAAAUGUCCAUCCUCAUUCAGUCUGACGUUCUAGUGUGAUUACAGCCAAUGAAUUGUUGUGUCUCUGCUCCCCUCGCCUGUACACAAUAGCACAAAUGCAACUGACCUUUUGAUCAAAAGGUGUGUGUUUUUAAGAUAGAAAUAGUUCAACUUUAUCAUUGUUAAAUGCUAAGUGAUUGCCUUUGUGCCACUGUCUGGGCUUUAGGUUUCUUCGAAGCUUUACUGACUCAAUCCUCUGCUCUCUACACUAACAAGGAGCUGCUUUAGAAUCGAAUGCUAAAUGUCACUGCCCCAAUACGCCACAAACCAGCUUCGAUUUGAACCAAGAACAUGCACAGACCUUUGCAGCUUGUAAAAAUGAAUAUAACAAACAAUAUGAAAACACUUAUCUUUAGUAAAUGAACUUAACCAAAUGUACUUUGAUUUUAAUCUGAACCAAAAGAGACUGCAAACUAUCAGAAUAUAUUUUCUCUAGCAUUUUCUAAAAAUAAAUAAAUAAUCAUGUGAAUUUUAAGGAUUACUUUAUGAGAUAUUAACAGGAGUUAGAAGAAUUUAUUUUUUUUAGUCACCGCCUUAUUUUGUGUUCAUGUCUCCAUGUUGUAUCUAUUUUUGAAAUAUUGAUUAUUGAUCAUUCUGGCAGCUUUAUGAAUCUCUUCUGUUUCUAGUCAGUUGUAUUAUGGCUAACUAAAAAAAUCAUAUCAUGCAUUAGCAUACAGGGCAUUCUUGAUUGAAUUGGUUUGGUAGUCAACUGACUCGCUGUAAUGCAACCUUUGACUUUGACCCCCUUCAAUCAAUCUCAACCGAUGUUACUCAGCCGUUUCAUUUGAAGGAUUUUUUACAUGUUGAUCCCACGUAGUACUUCUCAUUAGUCAUUCCCUCUUUACAUCACAGCCUGGAGCAGUUUUAGAUCACAUAUUUACUUUAUACGUUUCUCCAGCCUCCUCUCAUGCUGCGUCUGCCCCUACCAUUUGAUGGUCUGAAUGACCAUCACUGAAUCUAAAGACUAAAGAUUCUCGGUAUGGAGCCAGGAGUUGGCCACAGGACUAAUUAUAGGUAUAUACGUUAAUGUACCUUUCACACUGCAAGUUGAUUUUCAUAGCACUUUGAAAGAAUAUCUAGUGACUGCCUAGAUGGUACAAAUUACAUAUAACACAGUACAAAAUGAAAUAAAUGCCGUAAGUUGUAAAUGAUUGAAAAAUAGCUUCAAACCCUUUUAUUGGCCUCUACCAGCAGCAGCGCAGACAUGUAACAGAACUGACCACUAUUCAAUUUGAUCAUUAGAAGAGUUGUGUAUGUUGCAGCUUUGGAAGAUAGAAUUUAUUUACAGUCAGUGAAGAGUCUGGAUUUAGACCUGACCACUCACCUCUGCUACCUCACAAGUGUGGUAUCACUUCUGGAUACUCCUUUACCCAUAUUGGAAAUAAAUAAGACACCAUUACAUUGUAGUCCUCAGGACUACAUGUAAUGUAACUGCUUGCACUGCUUGACAUGUGUCGUAUCAGCCCCCACUGGGCCAUGCUGACUUGUGGUAAUCCAGGGUGAGUGCAAUGUAUCAGUACAAAAGUACAAAUUCAAUUGACUUUUCUGGCUCCUCUCCUCUCAUGAUAAAGAUGCAUGGGAAACUGUGGCUGGUCGGGUUCUACGUAGUUUACAUUUCUGCUGCUCCUCGUAACCAGGAAAAGUCCAAUACAGGCCAGAACAUGAUUUACGAUAUAUUCUAGAACUCCAGCUUGUUGGCUUCUCCCAUUUGAAAUUUGUCUUUCAUGCACUACAGAGUAAUGGAAUAGCCAGGUCAUGAUAUUUCAAACAGAAUACCUAAGCUGUUGCUCUCCAUUGAAGAACCAUAGAGCUGGUGUGACCUGUUUUAGACCAUUAACUACAAUCUAUAUGAACUGUACAUUACUGCCAGCUAUUUUCAAAGCAUGUUGUUAAUUGAAUUGAAUACAAGUCAUCUCUCAACUUAUUUCCACAUAAGUUCACUCAUUGAAAUGAUGAGUUGAGUAAAUGUGCAUUUUGAUUUGGUUGCUUUUAUUUGCGUUGAAAUUCAAUCAAACAUGAUAUUUUUUCUGAUCAAAUCAAAUCCAGUUGAAGACUGCAUAGAUCGGUAAAGUCUGUGCAAGUUGGACGAUGUAAACAGAAGUUAAGAAAGCUCAGAGAAAAAGGACAAAGAGAGACAGUUCUCGUCCUAAAAUUGUCACAAAAUGAAAUGUUUUUGCCUUGACUCAUCAAGAAAUCACUAUAAUUUCUUCUUUAUUUCAACCAUAUAAAGACGCCAUAGAUUGAUAUCCUUACUACUGUAAAUAAACAUCCAACUUCAAAUAUCCAUAUUAACUUUGUCACUUUUAAAAAAACACAGAAGAAUAAAUAAAACAGAUACUGGCAUUCUGGGAUAUGAAAAUUAACCAUUUCAUUGAAUUUCUUCACAAUUUAAUAAUUUAUCAAUAGACUAAAUUGCAAAAGUACUUAUUGGAUCUUUUGAUUGUACAAUUAAGGCAAUUUCAAACUUCAUUUUCAAAAAGAGCUUUACAUUUGUAUCAAUUAUUAUAUAUAUUGUAUUUGAUUAAUGUAUUUGAAAUUAUUAAGUUAUUGACAGAUUUGUUUGUAAUUUGAAGUAUUCAUUGAUUAAUUCAUAUUUUCAUUUGUAAAUUAUUUUUAUAAUCAAUUUUAUCGACCCUUAAAUAUCAAAUAAUAUAUUUCUGUAUCUGUAUGUUUAUAUAUGUUUAAGUUAUAUAGAACAGUACAAACUUCACACUCCAAACUGUAAAUGCAGCAGGACAUUUCAUUUGUGAGUGAAUUUGCUGAAAUGACUUCAAAUUGACAGCUGCCUGGUUCGACAUCAGUCUGAAACCAUAGAAGAUGCUUUGAAAAAUUAAUGGCACUAAUGUAAUGUCAAGUAAAUGGGGAAAAGAUGCAAAACCAUCUGUAUGGUUCCUUAAAUUGGAUCCAGGAAGACAAAAGUAAUAGGAUGGUAAAAGGGCACAAGUGUCUUUUCAGAAUCAUUUGCCUUCAGUCAUUGCAACCGUCUUGUUUCAGUGCUGCAUUUACAUCAGCUGGAAAGAACCAGUUGAAUUAAUCCUAUCAGUCACUCCAGCUGUCAGAGUUUCUUAAACGAAACUGAACUCACCAGCUCAAAGAUGAGCCGAGCUUCAUUUUUUUAAUAUCGACACAUACUCUGCCACUGGACACAAAUGCAGCAUUAAGGAAAGGAAACGGUGUCACAUGUUUUACCAAAAGCACAGACAUAAAAACUAUCUGUGGUUCUGAUUGGCUGUAACAUCCUUCAGCCAUUUUCUUCCUGGUGAGGACUUUUGAUCUACUUAAGUGUCUUUGUGCGAUGCCUGGUGUAAAUGCACAGUUGGUAUGACUGGCUGUGGAAUACCAUCCAUGAUAAAGAGUAAAAGGUGUGACGUGUGAAUGCUUGUGGCAUGCUGUUGUUGCUGACAUCAUGAAAUCCAAACGUUUUGAUGGAUAGCGAGUUGGGCUCGAGCACUUCAGCUUCACCACCGCUGUUGGAUUUCCAGGAAUCCACAAACUCACUUCCAACACGUGGGGUUUUCUGAGGGGCUGAAACUGCUCCGCCCGGAUGAGCCCCGUCAUGGAUGUGGAGCUCUUCAUCUUCGCAGUGUGGGUUUUGAGAAUGUUUGAAUUUUGAUAUACUGGAUUUAACACAUCUUAUAUAUGAGCCUGAAACAGAACAGAAAAUAUCAUAGUGUACAUAUGGAGAGGAACAUCCCUCAACACCUAUAACCCUGAUAAUCAUUCUUUUUUCAACAAUAAAAAUACUAAUCAAAGUA